AUGACUGCUAUCUUCGAUCAACCUCCCACUCUAGUCGCUUCCGAUCACUCUCAGGUCUCCCCAGCGACUACCGCCAUUGAAUCACCUAGAGACUACCGUCGCUCUAGCAUGCUCUCGGACUCGUCUGCGCUCUACUCUUCAUACGCCAGCUCGUCCAACUCCCUUGGCCCCGCCACGCCCGAGAACGCUUCGUUCCCUUACGACCACCGCCGCUCGUUCGCCGCCGAACGUGACGCUAAGGACCGUGCCAGUGACAACCACGCACCUUCCUUCCCCUUUUCUAGCUCGCUCGACAACCACAGCCCCUCGACCCUGCCCUACCCUAUCAACGUCGGCAUGUCGUAUCCUUACAGCAACGGGCUGCACAGCACCGUCCCUCGCCAGCCCACCGUGGCCCGCUCCGCUACUAGCGACAGCCUCCCGAGCUAUCAGCCUCACCUGAGCAGUAGCCUGCACACUGGUGCUCGCCCCCUCGUCCCAAAUGCGCAUUUCGCUAUCUCCAUGCAUUCCCCUGCGAGCUCCAGCACAGCUGGCGGUCUACAUCCGCGCUGCGGCGUGUCUCCCUUCCGCUCGCGCCUUCGGGGUCACAGCUUCGAGGGCAUUGAGGGCCUCCCGGGCACGCGGGCUGGCACGGCAUGCACGGCAAGCCAGCGGCGAGGCUGCGUACUCCUGCCAAAGCAAUGUGUACGGCACGCAUGCUCAGGAGUGUGCGAAGCAUGUGAAGGAUGA